AUGUUCUCCAAAUCAAAAUCGGCCUCCCCCCAAUAUGUGCCCCUCACGCUACAAGACCAUGGCGAGGGUUCCAGCACAUCUCUGGAGAAGCGCGCCUCGUCCGAGGACGAUGACGACCACUCUGCCCCCUUGCUGGAAGCCCCAGGAAACCUGCCCGCCCUCGCGCCAUCCAAGCCCUGGCAGUUUCCCAAGCUCAUUCUCUACUUCUCUUUUGCUCUAGCGCUGCUGUCGGCUGUAAACGUCGGUCUUCUUCCCGCUACACUGUCAAGCUACCGAGCCUCCCCUUUCUCCGAGUCGGAACUCAGUGCCCUCCCCUACGGCGACGCUAGGUUGGGAUUGGACAGGGCAGCAAAGAUGCUCCGCCCUCCCAAGGUUCAUCUCCGCGCCUGGCCCGACAGGAUUGCGCGGGUGAGCCGGAAGUUGAAGACCGCCGUGUGGGGUAACGGGUCGCAGGUCUAUGUCACUGUCGAGGACUCUACAAUUAUGCGCUUUCCCGUCCCUCCCAAUGGCGUCAACGCCUGCGCCAUCACCUGGCAGCCGCCUCCUGAACACUCUGCGCGUGUCAAGGAUCUGACGACAAAGGGGGACAUUUCGGAAAUCGAAGUGUGGCAGCUUAUCGCGCCAUCCGUCACCUCUACACCGGCAUCCGCCUCUAGCUUGGACGAGCUCGACUAUGACACCCUGUCAUACUCGGCCCUUCCCGUGCGCGGAGAGCUGCUCGGCGUGCUGGACCUCACUGCCCGGCCGAACAGCACGACAGUAGAGUUUGCCUGUCCCACCGGGACGAAAAGUCUGGUGGUGGAGAUGAGGUGCCAGCGCGUGGCGUGUCAUCAAACUACUCAGCUGUUACCAGACAUCAUGUCCACUCAAUUUGACGCCGACGCCAUCGCCCGUGUCUCCUUACACGAUCCCAACCACUUCAAUGUCCAGCGCACCCAGACCCUUCACCGCCUGGCGCUCCUCCAACACUGGAAUAUUGCUGCUGGCUCCAAGGUCCUGGAACUAGGAUGCGGACAGGGGGAUUGCACGACCGUUCUUGCCUCUGCCGUGGGCGAGGACGGGACUGUGGUCGCCGUGGAUCCGGCCGCGUUGGAUUAUGGUGCCCCGUACACCCUCGGCCAAGCACAGCAACACAUCUCGCAGGGCUCGCUGGGCGGCCGCAUCACUUGGGUCCAACAAGGGCCCCAGGACUAUCUCGCCGCCCUCCCUUCUGCCGCUUCACCCGACGAGACCAAGGCCUUUGACGCAACAGUGCUCGCCCACUGCCUCUGGUACUUUGCCUCACCCUCGCUCAUUCUCUCCACCUUUCGUGCCAUCAGGCAGCACAGCAAGCGUCUCCUCCUCGCCGAAUGGUCGUUGGAAGCGACGGUCCGCUCGGCCCGGCCUCACGUACUAGCUGCCCUCACGCAGGCCGCGCUAGAGUGCCGCAAAAACGAGGGCAGCAUAUCCAACGUCCGCACCGUGCUGGGACCCAAGCGGCUUACCGAGCUGGCCCUGGCUGCCGGUUGGCAGCUGAAGAGCGAGACCCGCGUGCAAUGCGGGGAGGGGUUGCAGGACGGACAGUGGGAGGUCGCUGCUUGUGUGGGACGCGGUUUCGAAAAGGAGGUGGACGAGUAUGUCAAGGAUGAGAGGGAACGCGCCGUGGUUCUUGCGUUGCGGGAUGCCUGUGAGGCGAGUUUGGACGGUGUGCCAGGGGGUCGGAAAGGAGUUAGCGCCAUGGACGUUUGGGUCGCCGGCUUCGUCUGA